GGCUGGGCCUGGCAGCCAUCUCUGAAACAAGCAGCGCCGCCAAACCGCUUACCAGCCGCUAGAUUCGGCCAGUGGCUGGCUCUGCACAUCUUAACUGACACUAAUCUGGCAGCUUCUGUGGUGGACUACUACCCAUCACCUGUCCAUAAGCAGCCUCCCUGUCGCAACUCUCCCGCACUCCUUGUAGCACCGAUUUGGUGCGGACGACGUGGCAAAACACCUCUGCCGCCGCAGAUGGCGGCACACGCAUUGGCUGUCUAUUCUAAGACGAGAUUACCCGCAUAUUUGAUCGACGGCUACUGAUAGCAUCAGAGCAUAAGGCAUGAUUUUUGCAACAUUGGACUUCAAGUUUGGACUGCAAGCAUUUGGCUGCAUUAUCUUAGGGAUUACCGGCAAUUCCACCCAACCAAACGGUUGUUACUCGCUGCUGUCGGAGGACAUUUGGUUGUAGCGACUGAGGCUUUUGAAUUGGAACUGCAACUGUCGGCUUCCCAUUGCCUGGUAUCUGAAAACUUCCCCGAAUGCUAAGCCGAAGGAAGUCGUUACACAAUCACACCGUUUUGGACACCCAAUGCACAACUCAGACUUAAUCCUUCGUCUUCUGGGUACCACGGAGCAGACCAGUCCGUCUGGCAGCAAUGAGACCAGCCUUUUGACCUUGAGCAGCGUAUCUGGAGAUCGUAGAAGCUUUACCAAUAUGUUGAUGGUUACCACCACCGUGAGGAUGGUCGACAGGGUUCAUUGCCACACCACGAGUCUUGGGCCAGGAGUUGCGCUUGACGGCAAACUUAUGCUUAGCACGAGACGCCUCUGUAAAGAUUGUUAGCACUGUUUCUCAAUUUUGGGGCCGUCGAACAUACUCAGCAUGGGCUUGUCAGUACGACCACCACCUGCAACAAUACCAAUCAUUCCUCGGGCGGUGCUGAGGACAACCUUCUUCGCACCACUGGGAAGCUUGACUCGGGUCUUGCCCUCGUCGGGGUUGUGUCCGAUGACAGUAACAUAGUUGCCGGAUGUUCGUCCCAGCGCGCCUCGAUCACCGGUCUUCUCUUCGACGUUCGCGACCACGGUACCCUCAGGAACUUGACCCAGAGGCAGGAUGUUGCCCACAGACAAGUUGGCGUUCUUUCCAGCGUAGAUGAACUGGCCAGUGUACAUUCCUUCCACAGCAAUCAUCGUCUCGGUUCGGUGUUUGUAGGCGUACGGGUCUCGGAACUUCACGAGUGCCAGAGGGGCACCACGGCCUGGGUCGUGGAUGAUGUCGGUGACCGUGCCGCGAAGGUAUCCAUGUCGCUCGCCAUAGUCGAGAGUUCUGAACUUGGCCGGUGCCUUGUUGAGCCGGGUAUGGGCAGCUAUGGGAAAAUAUCAGCACAACUCUGAGGGAUGAUUGUCGCCAACGUUAGGCCGCUACUGGAGGUUGGACAUACUGAAGAUGGAGCCUCGGCCCUUUCUCUGAUUUCUGAUGACACGACCCAUCCUGCAACAACGUGAGUAAAGGAUGGAUUGGUACCGUUGGCGGGUGGUUUACCUGGCAGAUGUUGAUGUUGGCGACGACGAGGAUCAAGACAAGAUCGAAGAAAAUUGGAGGUCCUGCCUUCUGUGCGCAGCCAAUGUCCGAAAGUGUGAUAGUUGGCCAGAAAUCUUGGCGUCGAAUUCACGUGACCCAAUUCCUGCAGCUGCCUUGCUCGGCGGACCUUUCAGCACUGGCAUGAAAUUACGGCAGCCGCUUUAGCACAUAUGGUGGUUUUUCUACAUGUACACAAGGUACCUUACUGUACAGUAGUAGAGUCGUGCACUCCCUUACAGUGUGAGUUUAAGUUGUGCCUUUCAUCUCAUCUAGCUUUGAAGAAAAGUGUCUUCUUACCUUUCACUUUCAACGUGUAAGCUAGAGGGGCACGGCGACACUAUAUGCGUGUACUCAUUAGAAACUCCAGCUCACACACUGCUUUUAAGCGACCGGCCAUCGUUACAAUCAACAAUGCUGCCAAUAUUGGACACUCAGGCUAAAGACGUGGUCCUUGGGGGCCUGCACCAAGUGCCCUGUUUGAUGAAGUGCAGGUGGUCAUAUCAGGCUGCCACAUAUCUUGAAACUCAAUGCACAUUCAAUGUCCAGAACCACGCUAUCAUAUCCACACCUUAAGUGCAAUGAUCCCUCUGCAAUAUUGAUGCAGUCGGAUGCAGCCACUGGCUGUAUUCGAAAUCUGCACAAGUUGCAAGGUAAGAAGUGCAAUGAUGAGAGCUAAUAUACAUUUGUCUCCCACGCGGAGUGAGUGUCGGUACUAGCGUACGGAGCUCAGUCGGGGCUCAGCUCUCCACUUACUCUGCCAGUUCCAAUGUCUUUUUGACUCCUUAUGGGCGUUAAGUGGGAUAUGCACCGGCUUAACGUUGUUCACCAGUGAAGUAAAUAUUCAGAGUCAAAAGUUGGAAGCCUCUUGUCUACCAAGAUACGUCAAGCGUCCUCUUGGAGUCGCUAGUGACGAAGUGGUGGAUACUCACCAACCAGUGUACGCGCGGCCCUCGAACACGUCAAGUGUACAAUGUACUCGUAUGACGCUACAUAAGAUAUCUCCUAUCUGCCCACACAUAGGCAUGGUCAGUUCCUUCAAUCUAACAACGAACACCACAGUAAGAAACAAUUUUGAACUCUAUAUUCAUCGCAGUUGAAAGGCACAAUCAUGGAGUCAGACCGAGGACUAUUCUCACAUCACGACAAACCACCCAAAAAGCAAAGUUUACUCGAAAAGCUCGAGCACAAGGUUGAGCAGAAGCUCACCGGUGGGCACCAACAACAAGGCCAUGGCCAGCAGGGCUAUGGCCAGCCAGGUCAGGGCCAGCCCGGUCAAGGCUUUGGCGGGCCAUCUCAAGGCCAGUAUGGCGGUGGUUAUAACCAAGGCUACGGAGGCCAGGGCCAAGGAAUAGGCCAUCAUCAGCAGGGCGGUUUCGAAUCAGGUCGUGGAGGUUUUGAGGGUGGUCGAGGUGGUAUUGGAGGCGGAAAUGAAGGUGGCUUUGGUGGCCAUCAUGGCGGUGGUGGCGACUUUGGCGGAGGCCGCGGUGGUGGUUAUGGAGGCGGUGACUUUGGAGGAGGCCGCGGUGGUGGCUUCGGGGGAGGAGACUUUGGUGGAGGGCGUGGUGGUGGUGGUGGUUUCGGAGGCGGCGACUUUGGUGGAGGCCGCGGAGGAUUUGACGGUGGUAGAGGAGGUGGUCAUCAUGGAGGCGGUGGCCGCGGCGGCGGCGGCUGGUAAACUUUCAGGAUGCCAUUUCACAGUUUGAUACUUUGUCUAUUGAUACCACUCAGUUCGGUCACGAUAGUGACCGCCAGACAAUGCAGGAGGGCUGCAAUUAUAUUCGUUCCUUCUCAAAAUAUCUAGUGCAAGCCUUGCGAGAAUUGCGGACUGUCGCGCAUCCGGCCUGUGAUCAAAGAACUUUUCUACCGUCAUCUACAGUCUCUUCUAAUCGAACUGAUCAAUACCCCG